AUGACAGACUCUGGUCACAACGAGCAGCCCGCUGCUGACGGCGCUGACAGUAAGUCUGAUCACCUUUCCAAGCUGCACCGCCUGCGAAGAAGUCUUUCCAAGCUUGUGCAUCGUCGCUGUACGCACGAUAAUGGAGAAGGUGUCAAGUCAGCAGACCUCCCACACCCGCUAUCCUCCGCCGAAGGCCACUCCUCUGCAUCCGGAAAUACCUCUAGCAACGUCCUAGCCGGCUACAAAGGUCCCGUUCACAACGCCGAAACAGGCCAGACUGUCUGGGGCGGCCAACCAAGUGCUGCCGGCGCUGCCUAUGCCUCCCCCCAGAUGCACCCCGAAGGCGGCCGCACAGCCCACAGCUGGCUCAGCAUGGACGCGGACCAGCAGCGAGCGUUCGACAAUGCUGGACGGCUGCCGAUCAGGAACAACGCAGGCGGCGGGCUCAUGAUUGCUGGUUCAGGUCCUCCAAGGACUGCAAUCGAAGCAGGAAACAACAGUGGAGGCAGUGGUGGUGGGUGUUCUGGCUGCGGCAAUGCCAAAGGCGGCAACGUCAAAAAGUUUGCAACAAACGGCGGACUGAUGCGACCGCUGUGUGGUGAUUGUGUGUACGAUCGUGUCGGGGGAGACCAAGCGGCCUAUGCUGCGGAGUGGGCGAAGGGGAAACCGCUGUGA